UGAGAAGGAUCACACUGCAAGUGAGAGCCAAAGAAAUGGCAAACUGUGAGAAACUCCUUCCCCUGCUUCUUGUCCUAUUGACUGUGAAUGUCAUGGUGAGAGGAGCCAGUGAAUGUGGAAGGACUCCUGUGGAGAUGGAGGCCUUCAAUCUGGCUCCCUGUGCCGGUGCUGGACAAGAUGAAAAAGCCCAAGUAAGUAGUUCAUGCUGCUUUCAGGUCAAGACAAUAGGGCAGAACCCUGCAUGUUUAUGUGCUGUGAUGCUGUCUCGAACUGCCCGCGACGCCGGAGUCCGGCCGGAGGUCGCCAUCACCAUCCCCAAGCGCUGCAAUCUGGCGAACAGGCCAACUGGUUACAAAUGUGGAGCUUAUACUAUGCCCUAGCAGGAGGGUUUGCACUAAAAGGUCUUCAGAUGUGAACUUUGGCAAGCAUCUUCCUACAGACUGCAUAUGUAAGAACACUGCAGUAUGCAGAACAUGUAUGAAUAUUACCUAUCAAUAAAGGACCACCUCUCUGUCUC